AUGACGCUGCUUAAUCUUUUUUUGGUCUUUAUUUUGGCGGUCGGGAUAUCGGAGGCGACGCUGGACCCCGUGGGAACCAAAUGCGGGGAAAAUAGAUGCUCAACUUCCGAGUACUGCAGUCUUUUCGACACCCAGUGCAGGCCGUGCUCGUCUAUUUGUGAUUCUAAAUCUCAUAAUCGGCAGCUUGAUCUUUGUGUCAAAGAUUGUCAAGAGUACCUGCACGACCAGAGAUACGUACUACGUGCAGAGCCGGGACGAGAUGAGAACUUAAGAGAAGAUGUUCAACGGCUGGGGUCGCUGGUUAAAAUUUCCCUGGCGCUAACGCUGAUAACGAUCCUCGCGAUAAUAAUCUUCCUGAUACAAACAGUCGUUAAGUUCAAGAGGAUCCGUUCCGCGCUGGAGAAGCUUUUCGGGAAAAAGUGGGCCAAGAACAAUAACAACAAAGUAAGAACCGACGUCGAGGCUGUUACCGUCGUCAAGCCAGCGUCCAACGCGGUGAUUUCGACCUUGCCGACAAUAAGUGCUGCAGUUUCCCCACCGUCUUCGGCCUCCCAGAGCUCGGACAGUAAAUCUAAUUCUAACGGGUCUUCUACACCAGACACGACUAGUACUAAUGUAUCCAGAAAGUACGCGAGCGAAGAUACUACUCUAGAAUUCGCGUAUGACAACCCCGCGAUGACACCCUCCCCAGAAAAUCUUAAGGAUAAUUUUAAGUCCAAACAUGAAAGCUCAUUUUAA